AUGAGUCUGGUCCGUGAUGAGGCUCGCGCCUAUUUCUGGCCGGCUCAGGUUGGGGUCGCGGUCAAAGGAGGUGCAGAGAAAGCGGUCCAUGUUCUGCGGGCUUGGACUAACCGCCACGCGGGUUCUUCUCGCAAGGUUUUGGUCAAACUGGACUUUGCCAAUGCCUUCAACUGUGUCCACCGGGACACCGUACUUGAUGAAACUACAAACCGCUUCCCUGCUCUGGCACGCUGGGUUACUUGGUGCUACCGGCAACACACGCGGCUCCAGUUUGGAGCUCGCGCCCUGGAGUCCUGCUCUGGUGUUCAGCAGGGCGACCCGCUCGGGCCGCUGCUGUUCGCAGCUGCCUUGCAGCCUCUCGCCAGCCAGCUCCACCAGGGCAGGACCCUGGACAUUGCAAUGCACUUCCUGGAUGACGGUGUGCUUGCCGGUGACAUUGCCGCGGUCAGUGCUGCUCUGACCCUGGUCCAGCAGCAGGCCUCCGCAAUUGGACUGCAACUCAACCUGCGUAAGUGCGAAGUUGUGGCUUUGGGACCUAUUGAUGAGGGCACCAUGCGCGCAAGUUUCCCGGCUGCCCUGCUGCUCCAUGCUGAUGGUUCUGGGAGAGUGCUCAGGAACUUCGAGUUCCUGGGGGCCGCUAUUGGGGACGACGACUUCAUCCAGACACACACCCUGGCGCGGGCAGAAAAAGCGGGUGAAUUGCUGGAGGCGCUGGCCGAGCUUGAGGACCCCCAGGUGGGACUACGCUUGCUGCGGGCGUGCGCCGGCUUCUGCCGCAUGGUUCACAGCAUGCGCUGUAACCCGCCUGCAGCUCAGGCUGCAGCUUUGGCCCACUUUGAUGGGCUGGUGCGGCGGUGCCUCGGUGGUCUCACUGGCAUCCAUGUUACUGCUGAGCAGUGGUUGCAAGCCUCUCGAGGGCUCGCGCACGCGGGGCUUGGGCUGCGCUCUUGCUCUGCCCAUGCGCCUGCUGCCUACUUGGCCUCGGUGGGGGCCUCCCUGGAACACUGCAGUGACCUCGACCCCAACUUCUCAAAGGAGGCCGUUCAAACCUCGAACCAUGUGGUCGGGGCUUUCCACCUGUUCCAGAACGCCGUGGGCAGUCGGGUUGCUACGCUUGCUGCUGCUUUGCAAAGCAAGCAACGCGACCUGUCUCAGCUUUUGGACUCCACCUGCUUCGCUGCCCAGCUUGAACACAGCAGCCACGUCGCUCGGGCUGCCCUUCACUCUGAAGCGGGGUUGGGGGCGCGCGCCUUCCUCAACGCCAUGCCCUCAGGACGCACGCGCAUGGAGCCUGCCGCCUUCAUUGCCGAGUUGCGAAUCCGCCUGGGGGUGCCCGAAGCCACUGAUGAUUGCUGGUGUCCUCGCUGCGAUGGGGUCUUGGACUGCUGGGGCUACCACGCUGGCAUGUGUGUGGCUGGCGGCGAACGGACUCUGAGACACAACGCUGUCCGUGACCUUGUGUGUUCCUGGGCUGAGCGGGCUGGCCUUCGGCCGGAGAAGGAGCGCCCGAACCUUCUGCUGCCCACUUGCCCUGAAGACACGCAGACAGGCAGACGUCGCCCUGCCGAUGUCUUUCUGCCUGCCCUUGCUGGGUCUCCCGCUGCGCUUGGCUUCGCUGUUACAGCGCCUCAGCGGCAGGAGACCCUAGCACUGGCAGGCAGGGAGACAGGCGCGGCGGCUGCUGCCUACGCCCGCCACAAGGAGGCGCACUUGGGCACUGCGCAGGCCUGUGAGGGCCAGGGCGUGGUGUUUGUGCCGAUGGUGGUGGAAUCCACAGGCACAUGGGACAAAGGUGCGGGCAUCGUCCUCCAGCACAUUGCGCGGGCUGUGGCUGCGCGGACUGGCGAGGAGCCCCAGCGUGCACAUUCCGCCCUCAUGCAGGAGCUGUGCGUUCUGAUCCGUGCCCAUCGGGCGCGGGCGGCCCUGCGCCGCCGCGCUGAAGCUGCGGAGACAUGA